UUUUUAUUUUUAUAAAUACCAGCUCAAUCCAGCUUUCUUCUCCAAACUACAGCUCCCAUCAAUUAACCUGACUCUCUCUCUCUCUCUCUCUCUGAAGUAGCAGACGCGCAGUGGCUAUCCCAUUUGGGUUUUCUCUUACACUUCUGCAUUUUGCAAACAGGAAAUGGCGGGAUCUCCCAUUUCCUUGAUGGGGCUUCUGCUCUUAUGUUUUUGGGCAGCCUUCAUAGAAGCAGAAUUCGUGAAAUAUCAAGACCCAAAACAGCCAGUGAAUGUUCGAAUCAAGGAUUUAAUGCGCAGGAUGACAUUGGAGGAAAAGAUUGGCCAAAUGGUGCAGAUUGACCGCAGUGUUGCAUCAGCUGAGGUGAUGAAGAAGUACUUCAUUGGGAGUAUCUUAAGUGGAGGAGGGUGUGUUCCAGCUAAGGAGGCUUCUGCAGAGACUUGGAUUAACAUGGUGAGUGAAUACCAAAAGGGUUCUAUAUCGACUCGCCUUGGAAUUCCAAUGAUUUAUGGGAUUGAUGCUGUUCAUGGCCACAACAAUGUCUACAAGGCAACAAUUUUUCCCCACAAUGUUGGACUUGGCGCUACCAGAGACCCUGAACUUGUUAAGAGGAUUGGGGCUGCAACUGCACUUGAAGCUAGAGCUACAGGCAUCCCAUAUGUUUUUGCACCUUGUAUAGCGGUUUGUAGAGAUCCUAGAUGGGGUCGAUGCUACAAAAGCUACAGCGAAGAUCCCAAGAUUGUUCAGGCAAUGACAAAGAUUAUACCAGGGUUACAAGGGACAUACCCACUAUGUAACACCCGGACCCAGUCAAGCCUGAUUUUUAUAUAUUUUUGGGCUUAUGCAUAUGAAAAACCCAAUUGA